AUGAAGAACGUCACAAGAAGCAAACACCUUUGUGCAACCUUAAAACCUCUUUACCUAUUAUCCCUGUUUCUACACAUGAUCGUCACCCUAGUGGUAGCCCAAAAUGACGACGGGUCAUCGGUCAACGUUCCGACCGAUUUGAUCACCGUUGCAUGCGGCUAUUCCGGCCCCCAAUUCAAUUCGCUUGAGCAGCGAUAUUGGAUUGGAGAUGUGUAUACAGAAUAUUCCCCGUUAGAAGAACACCAGUCUGGUCAAGCAUCCGUCGUCAGAAAAGCUCCACCGUCCUCCUCCGUCACUAAAAUGCCUUACACCUGGGCGCGGCUUUCUCGCUCUGCAUUUACUUACAGGUUUUCCUUUGCUACCGCCGGCCCAAAGUUCAUCCGCUUCUACUUCAACCCAGUUUCAUAUGCCCCUGACCUGGACCGCUCUAAAGCACUUUUCUCUGUCGCAGCCGGUGGCUAUACCUUUCUCCACGACUUCAAUGCUUCAGUCACCGCAGAUGCUUAUGGCGAGGAGACUCUGCGCAGAGAGUUCUGUUUGAACGUUGAUGGAAAAAAGCUCCUCAACAUCACAUUUACUCCAAGCCAAUCAAGCCUAGAUGCGUACGCUUUUGUCAACGGAAUUGAGAUCGUAUCCAUGCCUACCAAUCUCUACUACAAUGCAACCAAUGGGAGAAUUAGAUAUGUAAGCAACGGCGGGGGAAAGGAGUUUCGCCUCAGAAACAGCACUGCUCUGGAGACGGCCUAUCGAAUGAACGUGGGUGGAAUCCCACUCUCCUCCACGCAAAACGACAGUUUCAUGUACCGCAAUUGGGAUGGCUUGGAAAAGGAGCAAAAUUAUUUGGAAGCUUCAAGUUUACCUUUCAGCAGGAUAGAACAUGCCGAUAUUACAGUCCACUCAAGCUACGUAGCGCCAACACAAGUUUACCAAACUGGCCGGUCAAUAAUGAGCGCGGACUCAACCUUGAACUACAAUCUCAGCUGGGAAUUCCCUGUAGACUCCGAGUUUGCUUACCUAGUUAGGAUGCAUUUUUGUGAGAUCCCACCUGUCGAACAUUUUAGAUCGUUUGAAAUUUACAUAGCCGAUCACAGAGCUGAAGAACAUGCCAACAUAUCGGAAUGGGGUGGUGGAGUUGGAAUUCCAUUGUACAGAGACUACGUUGUGUCCAUGGAUAGCUCUGUAAGCAGCCAGAAGAAGACAAAUCUUUCUAUCGCUAUGUAUGGCCCAUCCAACAGCGCAAUAUUGAAUGGGCUUGAAAUCUUCAAACUGAAUAACUCAAGAGGAAAUCUCGCCGGACCCGGACCCAACCCAGACCCACGUCACCACGUACCUCGACCAAAGAUGACGCAUAUGCAUGUCAUUGUUGCUGGUGCAGUUUCGAGCGUAGUUGUCCUGAUUUCUGCCCUCGUAGGAGCAUUCUUGAUUUUCAGGAGAAAUUGGAGGAAAGCCAAGUCCCCGAGUGCCAAUUCUUUACCGCCUUAUUCGUGUCGUUACUUUUCACUGGCAGAGAUCAAAGCCGCCACCCAAAACUUUAACAGUUGUUUCAUUAUUGGAGUUGGAGGGUUUGGAAACGUGUACAAAGGAUAUAUUGAUGGUGGGGCCACCCAAGUUGCAAUCAAACGGCUGAAACCCGGGUCAUCACAGGGGGCACACGAGUUCAAGACGGAGAUCGAGAUGCUCUCGCAGCUUCGCCAUCGCCAUUUGGUUUCUCUCAUCGGAUAUUCAAGUGAUAAAGGUGAAAUGAUUUUGGUGUAUGAUUACAUGGCACGGGGGACUCUAGCUGACCAUCUCUACCACCACAAAGAUAACCUACCACCUCCUCUUCUUUCUUGGGAACAACGGCUUCAUAUUUGUAUAGGUGCGGCGCGAGGGCUGCAGUACCUCCACAGUGGGGCCAAGGGCACCAUCAUCCACCGUGACGUGAAAAGCACCAACAUCUUGUUGGACGAGAAAUGGGUGGCCAAGGUUUCGGAUUUUGGGUUGUCAAAAAUGGGCACCGCUGACACGUCCAAGACGCACAUCAGCACGGUGGUAAAAGGAAGUUUCGGGUAUCUGGACCCGGAAUAUUACCGACUACAACGGCUGACUGAGAAAUCAGAUGUAUAUUCAUUUGGGGUAGUGUUGUGUGAGGUGUUGUGUGGUAGGCCAGCCGUGAUGCAUACAGAAGAUACAGUGGAGCUGGGGCAGAUCAACUUGGCUCAGUGGGCUAAGAGGUGUUACCAUGAUGGGAAACUGGAUCAAAUUAUUGACCCAAUCAUUAAUAGGAGUGGUAAGAUGAUUGAAACUGAGGGCUUGAAUAAGUUUGUUGAGAUUUCAAUGAGUUGCAUGUAUGAUAAUGGCAUCGAACGACCAUCGAUGAAUGAUGUUGUGAGGGGGCUUGAGUUUGCAUUGCAGCUUCAUCACAACUGCGUUGAAAGCAACGCUAGUAGUAGUGAGCAAAGUUGUGUGACCGAUGAAUCCAUUAAAUGCAUAUCCGCCACCAUCUUCUCUGAGAUAAGGGAUCCCAGUGGGAGAUGA